GGGACGCUUUCAAAAGUUUCAGUCUAUUAUGACCAAUGUAUAAACUAGAUCUACCGAUUGACACCAAAGAGGCCGCAGUUAUUGAAGCCAGGAGGAGAAAAGAAAAAGAACGCCAGGCCCGCAUAUUCGAUGCACGGACUCGUCAGAUAGGGAUAGAUGAGGAGGCUUUAAAACACCAGGUAGAAGAAAGAAAACGACAAGAACUCCGUGAAAAAGAAAGGGAUUUGGCUUAUGAUGCUGAUGCCGUUCGUAACGACAAAAUUGCGUGUAUACUUGAGAAGCGUCAGCAGAGAGAUGAAAGGGAAAUUGCAAAAUGUCUCAACGAAUUUAGAUCUCUCCAUCAACAACCUGAGUCAAGGAGGGAGUUCGACCUUUAUGACCCGAAUGCGUUAAAGUUAGACCGUCCAGCUCGUGUUUCAGAUGAUGAUCCUCGAUGUGGAGUUGCCUCUCUCCAAAAAUUUGAUGGUGAGGAUCUAAACUUAAAAGCUAGAAUGAAGUAUCAAAGAGAACAAAUGCAAGAUUGGUUCGAUAGGCAAAUCGAGGAAAGAAACAGAGCUGAGAAGGCCCAAAAAGAAGCAGACAGGUUAUACGAUCUCAAACGGCGUGAAUUAGAUCAACGUGCUUGUGAACUACAAAAAGCUGAAGAACAAUGUCGACGAGCAAUAAAUGUUGCACUUGAAAGAUAUAAUAAAUUAUUAAAAGAAGAAAAUGAUCAAAGAGCACUUCUUAAGGCUAAACAAACACAAGAUGAUAAUAUGACUGAAAUAUGCAAUGCAAUAUAUGGUGAUUUUCUUAGUGAAAAUCCUGCUCAAGCAAUCUCUGCUUUCGGUAGUCAUCGUGUUAUUCCAGAUCGAUACAAGGGUAUGACACCAGAACAGAGAGAAGAAAUACGCAAAGCUCAAGAAGAACAAAUAAAAGAAAAAGAGCGUGAAUUAGCAAGACAGAAACAAGAAGAUGAAGAAUGGGAUAAUCAGAGAUUAAGAUCAGCUAGGUUGGGUUUAUUAUUAGAAAGAGAAAUAGAAAGAUCAACUCGUGAAAUGAAUCAAAAAAUAGCUGAACAAAAUCUUAAACUGGCGUGUGAACAGAAAUCGUUUCAAGAUUAUCUUAAUAAAGAGUUAUAUACAAAUCAACCUACUGCAGAUUAUUUCACACAGUUCAAUACAACUUCACGUUGAGAACUGGAAUUGAUCAACUGCUGGGAUAAUUAUCAUUAUUAUUAUUGCUUUGAAUACGAGUACUGGUAUCAACACUGCUGAUCGGUGGAGCUUAGCAUCUAUUCAAUAGCAUUGUCUUCUUCAUGUUUAUUUAUUAUGUUUGUGUUUUCAUCGAAUAUUUCCUAACGAAAGUAGACAAAUUAAAACAAAACGAGGAGAUCGAUGGAAUAUAAUCUGCUUUAAAUGAUCAGACAUUUUCAUUUUCCAGUACGCUUUACAAUAAUAAAUAGUAAUAUACAUCUUUACAGUAAGAGAUAUUGAAGCAACAUCUGCUGACUACUAACACAUGUAUCUUCUCUAGGUGUAUUAAAAGGUGCUUAUAUUAGGAAUUAUUCUAUUGACCAUUGUUUUCCCAUUUCGUCUGCUUAUUCAUAGGAGAGCUUAUUCUUUCUACUGUGUAUUCUUUGUUCCGAUUACGCUUCAUGGAUUUUAGGGACAAGUGAAAAAUAAUGCUAUUACUAUUAUUAUUAUUAUGUUAUCAGAUUUAUAUUUCAGUGUUUACACUGCUGGUUCCCUUCAUUUUACUAUUGUAUAUGAAAUGAACAAAAGUAAAUUGUAAAGCUAAAUAAAAUGAAAUAAAGUUCCUUUUGAAAUCCAU